AUGACUGUCAGUCAUCGCAAGACAAAAGUAGCUGCAAAGACAGAUGAUCGGACAGCUGCAGAGCCCGGCGUUCAAUAUCACUGCGACAUAUGCGAAGCUGACAUUACCUUGACGGUUCGCAUACGCUGCGCUGGCGGUUGCAAGGACUUUGACCUUUGCGGCUCAUGCUUCUGCUCCGGGGCAGAGUCCAAACAACAUAAAGCCUGGCAUGACUAUCGGAUAGUGGAACAACAUGCCUAUCCGAUCUUCAGCGAAGAUUGGGGAGCCGAUGAGGAGCUCCUUCUCAUCGAUGGUUGCCAGACAUAUGGUUUAGGAAAUUGGGCCGACAUUGCUGAUCAUAUUGGCAAUCGCUCCAAAGAGGAAGUCGAGGCGCAUUACAUCUCUGUCUUUGUCGAAGGCCGCGAUGGAACAGCGCAAGGAGACGCGAGAGCGUCCCAAAUCGUACAAGAAGCGCAAGCAGAUCCGUCCUGGACCUCGCGACAGUGGCCUGUGGCUGGUCCCCACAUGGCAUUCACAUCCUCUGUCAGCCCUGACGAGUUUCAACGGAGGAAACGGCGGCGGAUAUCAGACCUUCGUUCCCAUCAAGCCAGUCUUCCAAUAGGGGCCGCAAAAAGCGGCGUCCCUCCCAAGCCUCUAGUCUCAGCGCCCACCUCUCAUCACGAGCUCAGCGGGUUCAUGGCGGGGCGAUUGGAAUUCGAGACUGAGCAUGAACAAGAAGCCGAGACCUUGACCAAGGACAUGGAGUUUGGCAAAGUCUAUGCCUUUGGCGGAGAGCUAUUGCCCAGCGAAGAAGAGGCCCUGGGAGGAAAGGCAGUGGGAGGAAGGUCACGUAUGGAAGCAAGUGGGAGGGGUGGGCCGAGCUCGAGCAGAAAAGCAGGAGCGACUGGCUCAAAAGGCGCAGGCAGUGCCGCUGAAGAGACCGAGGGCGGCAAUGGGGAGCCCGCCAAAGACGAAGAGACGCAGCAGCAAGACAAGGCCGAUAAUGGUGAUGAAGAAGACGAGGAAGAUGGCGAAGUCACCAAAGAUCCCGAUGCGACGAAGGAUGCAGACGAGACUAUGGCCGAUGCUACAAUAGAUCCUGAAGAUGAAGACGGCGAUGGUGAUACCCAGCCGCUUGCAAAGCAUUCGGCAGCAAAAGCAGCCAAGGAAAGUCGAGCCUCGGGAAAGAGCAAGGCGCAAAGUAAAGGCAAGGACGCUUCUGAGCAGGGAUCUACAAGUACAGCUCCACCCGCUGCCACCACCGACACUGCGACUACCGAAUCAUCCGAAAGGCCUCCAGCAGAUUGGGACGAGGAUCCAACAGAUCUUGAGCUCAAGCUGAUGAUCCUGGAGAUGUACAAUGAGCGCCUGGAGCGGCGAACGGACCGGAAAAGUGCAGUCCUGGAAAGAGGCCUUGUGGAAGUGAGACGGAGACAAGCCGCCGAGAAGCGCCGUCCGAAGGAAGCAAGGGAUCUGCUCAAUCGCGUCAGGCAUUUUACACAGCUGCAGACCGCGAUGGAUUUCGAGGAAUUCUUCGAUGGUCUCUGCUACCAAGAGAGCCUGAGACGCCUCGCUCUGCAAUUGCAAGAGUACCGCAGAUUUGGUCUCACUACCCUUUCCGAGGCCUCUCGCUACGAAGCCGAAAAGGCUGAGAGACUGCGCAAAGCUGCUCUGUUGGCCGAGGACUACGCUGCGAACACGAGCGGGACGCUGGUGGGAGGCCCACAAGCACUGCUCAGUGGCAAGCGGGGUCCCAGCACGGUACGCAAGGGAGGCAGGGACAGCGAGACGCCCUUUGGAGAAGACGAAGGUUCGGUCUAUCUCUCGGUUCCUCCUGCGUCUGUGUCAGGAGCUGCUGCAUCUUCUGCAAAGAGGGAGAAGGGCACGGAGCCCAAAUCGCCUCGCAAGCCUCCUCGUCCACUAGACCUGAGUUCGCAUCCAUCUCUUAACCUCCUCACACGGCCAGAGCAGGAGUGCUGCUCCGUGAAUCGCAUUCAGCCCUCUGCUUUCCUGGUGAUGAAGAAGGAGAUCCUCACAGAGUACAUUAGACGCAAGGGCAAGAUGUCCCGGAGAGAGACACGAACGCUCUUCAAGAUGGAUGUGAACAAGGUGGGCAAAGUCUUUGACCUCCUCGACGAGCAAGGCUAUCUCAGUGCGGCCAAGUCCAUUGGCUGGGCUGGUGGGAAAGAAGGAGAGGGAGUGCCUCCGGGAUGGAAAGACCCUACUGGCGCCAAUGGUCUCUCUGUAAAUGGAGGAGGUGGAGGUGGGGAUGGGCCAAGCGUCAAUGGGUCCUCGUCGGGUCCUGGUAGACCAGGAAGUCCUGCACCCAACCAACGGCUGGCACCUCCCUCUGCACCAGGCUCGCCGAGCGUGAGAGGUUCUUCUACUGGUCCGCAAGCGGGCAGGGGCGGUAUUGGACCUUCGCCCUUGUCGCAGCAGGCCCACGGAGACAACAGGAAUCACUCUCCCUUCAGGCCUACAGCGACUGCUUGA